AUGGCACCUGACUCCUCCGCUGUUUGGUAUCCCCCUUCGAUUGGAUCCACCAAUAGCCGGAGGACUUCUGUCAUUCUGAGUACCAAUGGUUCCACAUCUGUCACUGCAAUUGACUGGCUUCAUCCGAGUCCCCAACUCCUGGUCAGUUUGAUGGGUAAUCACACACAAUCAGCAAUACCAGUAGGCUACAAGGUUCACACAUUCUACUACGCCUGGUACAACUCACCGGAACCGGGAAAACCGCCCACAAAGGAUCGACACUGGGUGCACUGGAAUCAUCCACGUCUUCCGCAUUGGAUUGGUCGGAUUGCGCAAGGGUUUUCCACCGAACCGCAUAAUCCACCGGACGAUGUCGCAUCUUCAUAUUUGCCUAAGAUUGGACUGUACGCCUCUGCUGAUCCGGAGGUGAUUCGUGCGCAUCUUCUCAUGCUUCGAUUUGCCGGAAUUGACACACUACUUACCUAUAAAUGCGGCCACUGGCUCUCUCAUAAACGGACUAUGUGGCUGAAACUUCGGUUUCCGUUCUCUGAUCUUCUAUUUGUCCUAUCGUUGACCGGCACGGAGUAUAUCAUUGAGACCAACUCUGAAGCCCAGUUCAUUACCGAGGGAUAG